AUGUGGCUGGCACUGUGCAAGAAGCGCUGCUCCUGCUGCCCCUGCCCCUGCUGCCACGAGCCCAGUGACCCGAAAGGUGUGAACAACAGAGGUUUUCAUGAUACAUCCGAGGUUCGGGAAGCUCCGGAAAAGCAAGAAGAUCCCAAAGACCAGGAAACCCCAGAAAAACCUGCGAAAACAAAACGAUUGCCUUCUGAGGUUCCCCGAGAUCUGAAGGACGAACGGAACGAGGGGAGGUCAUCAGCUAGCAGAAGACCCUCAGAGCCCAAGCGGUUUUCGCAGGUGUCCAUAUAUCCCUACCGCGCUCGUUCUCCUGAGGACCUGACGGUGGAGAAGGGAGAAUUGCUGCUAGUGAUAGAUCGCAGGGGAGACUGGCUGAUCGCCAAGAAGUUGACCCAGAAUGGAGAAGCGGGGUACAUCCACAGGAGUUACCUGGCAGACGUCGGGAGUCUGGAGGCUGAAGACUGGUAUUUUGGACCAUUGAAGAGGAUGGAUGCAAAGAGGUAUCUUCUGCAGAACGAGAACCAGACGGGGUCAUUCCUGGUGUGGAAGAAUGAAGAUCUGGACUGUUAUUAUCUCUCCGUCCGAGUAGACGCGGUGGUGAGACAUUAUAGAAUACGUCAAAACUCGGUGUCCUUCUACCUGGUGGAAAGAGCUUCGUUUAGGACUCUAUCAAGGCUCGUUGAAUAUUAUAGUGUGGCGAGCGAUGGACUGUGCGCCAGGCUGGAAAAUCCAUGCGUCAAGCUGGAUCUCCCCUCAUUGACCACUUUGUCCCACACCACAGUGGAUAACCUGGAAAUCCCACCUACCGCCGUAACGAAGAUCAGUCAAUUGGGCAGAGGGAGUACUGGUUGUGUGUGGCUGGGGCUGUGGAAUGAAACCACUAAGGUGGCUAUCAAGGAAUUUAAAGUGACCCCGGAAUUGUUGCAACGUUCAUUAUAUGGAGAGGCCGAGACCAUGUGGAAGCUGAAUCACAGGAGGCUCUUGAAGCUAUAUGCAGUGUGUCUGCAGUCCAAACCGGUGUUCAUUGUGAUGGAGUAUAUGAAAAAUGGGACUUUGAGGACAUUUCUAAGAGCGCAUCAAAAAGAAAGAGAUUUGGACUUGCAUCAGUUAAUAGAUUUUGCCGUUCAGAUAGCCGAGGGCAUGAAGUACAUGGAGCAGCAGGGCUGUGUGCACCGAGACCUUCGCACUGAGAAUGUCUUGCUGUCCGCCAUGAUGUCCUGUAAGAUCGGAGACUUUGGCCUGGCUCGUUUCAUGGACAGCUCGUACAUCACCAUGUCUGCAGACUCCAAAAUCCCUAUUAAGUGGAUGGCGCCAGAGGUCUUCCACAUGUCUAAGUAUUCCAGCAAAUCGGACGUGUGGUCCUUUGGAGUCCUGUUGGUUGAAAUUAUGACCUAUGGGAAGAUUCCUUUUCCAGAUAAAACAAACCUGGAUUAUGUACAAAUCAUAACAUCUGGAAAAUCUCCUCCGCCUCCCGAAGACUGCCCCGAAGAUAUAGCCAACUUAAUGAAAACGUGCUGGAUCCAAGAGCUGGCUCUGAGGCCUUCAUUCUCGAAGAUCGAAAGCUACGUUAUGGACUUACUGAAACCCAGUUUUGGCGAAGAUACCAUGGAGUGACAUGCCGAGCGUGGCUUGGCUUCACGGUAUUCCACCCAAGUCACCAUCUAACUGCGUUUGUUGGGUGCCAAAAGUCAUCAGCAGCAUGGAGCCCCCUACUCAACUCCUUUGAGUAAUGUUAAAUAAGAAAACAUGGAGAAUCUAAUCUUUUAGGGUGGUCGUUUAACAAAAGACGUGAUUAGGGAUCAUGGCCCGGGCUGACAUCACAUCCGUUUCAGGAAGCAGGAAGGGACCUAUAGGCACUGCUAGUGGGUGGCUCAAACACAACUGCCCCUUUUGCCCCAUACAAACUAAGGCCCUGUCAUAUUUGCUCAUGAAACAAGAGGAUAUUCGUAAAUAAAAUUCUGAUGUUUGUCCAUCACGGACCCGGAAGGCCGCUCACUUUCUUCACAAAACGGGCUUUUUUAUUUCCGUG